UCGAUAUCAGAACGAAACCUCGUUCCGACCAGAAAGUGGCGUAAAAAGUGUUUCUAAGAAAAGUGCUCAAAAAUCAUGAGACUCUGGAGGAUUUCACAGCUUGCGAUUGGCGCCCUGCUUUUGGCCCUGAUCAUCAGUGAGAUCAACUGCAGUGACUUUGAUGGAAACGAUCUGGGCUAUAACGCAGCAGGAAAUGGAUACAGCAGACAGCAGCAGCAGCAAGCUUCAGGUGGACGAGGUUUCGCCGAAACUGCCAAGGAUUUGCUGACGAGUCCUGCCGGGCAGUUGGCGGUUUCGUUCGCGAAGGAAAUGAUCAGUCGAUCCGCUGGAAACAGUCAGGUCCUAAGUUUAAAUCUCACAAACUUGCUGAUUCUGUUCCUGCUGAAGGCACUGAUCUUUGCGGCUGGCCUGAUUGGCGCCGGAAACUGGGGCGGCUUCGCCCGAGGAAGAAGCAUCGACGGUUCGUCGCAAUUUUUCCAAGCCGGUGAAACUGGGCUAAUGCUGGGUUAUCUGGCCGCCGAGGGUUCCGGCCAGGAGGGUUGCAUGCUGCAGUCCGCGUGCCGUUCGCCACAAACGGCCCACGAGUAUGCCCGGGCAGCGCGAGCCCUCGUCAACGGGGCAGAAAUCUUCGAUCCGGAAAUUCCCAAAAACAGCAAAUAUCAGCAGAUGCUGCUCCAGCUGGACCGGGCCAUCUCCGAGGGAUCCCAGGGAGCACCGUGCGAAAUGAUUUAUCCCUGUCAUUUGUGAAGGAUUUUUGUGUAGUGUCUUGUGUGAGCGAUAUUGAUGCCAAUAAAGUAAGCAGAAGAGAG